AGUUGUCUGGUAAAAUAUAUUUAUUUUUUAAAUAUUUAAGAUUGAUUUAUAUGUAGAUAUCGGACAUUAGUAGUUAUUUUGUUCUCAUUUUAGAAAUAGAAAUCAUCUAAACCGCAUGGAAGAGGGUAGCACUUUUAUACCUGAUCCUGUGCCAAGUACUAGCCGACCAAGUGAUAAUGCAGAUUCGUUGACAGUAAUUGUACGUGACAUUUUAAGAAUUAUAAUUUCGAAAGAGUUCAGCACAGUUUAUACAUAGUCUUUAAAUCAUUAUUUUAAUUUUUUUAGGAGAAUGAACAUGAUGCGGCAGCCCCUGGAGACUUAGAUGAAUCAAUGAAAAUUUCAGACUCAAACGUAAAUAUUUUUGGUUCUCAUUAUUAUUACUUCAUUUAUUUGACGAAAUGCGAUGUUUUAUAAUUAAUUAUAAAUAUGUAACUUUUUUUUAGGACGAUUUCAUAGUUGAUGGAAGAAGGAUAAUUGAUUUUCAAUACUUCUGGAAUCAAUUAAUUACUAUAAGCGAACACAGUGAAAAAUUUGGUUGCAAAUUAAACUACAUAAAAAUAAGUAAAGAGAAACAGGUGGGUCUCAUAUCCAAAUUUGCCUUGAAGUGUACAAUGUGUGGGUCUAGAUUUAUUCUAAAUACCUCGGACAGUACCAACACUGAAGCAAGACUUGAUCUCAAUGCAGCGGCGGUGUCAGGUUCAAUAAUUACGGGAAUUGGUCUGUCUAACCUAAAUGAAAUCACUGCUUCGAUGGAUUUACCUACAAUGCCGUUUCGAUUAUACAGCAAAAAACAUGAUGAUAUUUCCGAGAUGUGGAAGACUGCGGCCGAAGAAACCAUGAUAAAUGCUGCUAAACAGGAAGUUGAAGUGGCAAAAUCACGCGGCGAUGUUAGCACUGCAGGUAUAGCAAUGAUACCGGUCGAAGCUGAUGCCUGUUGGGGAAAACGCUCCUAUAAAAAUAAUUAUUCUGCCCUGUCUGGUGUUGCAGCUAUAAUUGGAGAAUAUAGUGGUAAAGUGCCAUACAUUGGGGUUCGCAAUAAAUAUUGUGUCAUUUGCGCCAGAGCUACAAAAACGAAUCAGCCAACAAAAGCCCAUAAAUGCACAAAAAACCAUUUCGGAUCUGCAACCAGCAUGGAGCAAGCUAUAUUAGUUGAAGGUUUUAAAACUUCCAUUAAAGAGAGAAAUUUAAUUUACAACAUACUAAUUGCAGAUGGUGAUUCUAGCACCUAUAAAAGUAUAUUGGAGAGUCGACCAUACCCGGAUAUCCCUAUUCAAAAAAUUGAGUGCACAAACCAUCUGUUGCGAAACUAUAAUGGAAAAAAUAUACUUCUGCAAAAGGAUACCACUAUUCCUCUGAACGAACGGAAACUUUUAAAUAUGGACCGACUAAAAAGAUUACGCACAGCUGUUCGUGCUGCUAUUAGACAAAGGCAAAAAGAUAAUAGUUCACAUUCUUUAAAAAUUGAGAACCUUCAAAAAGAUAUAUUAAAUAGUCCUCUACACAUAUUUGGGAACCAUGCAAGUUGUGCCAGUUAUUAUUGCACAGAAGAACGCAAAAAAGAACUCAAUCUAAUCCCACAAAUACCAACUUUAUUCUUGAAGUUGAAAAAGAACGUAUCUCAACUUGCUUUUAAUUCCCGAAGCCUUUUGCAUGCUUAUACGAAUAAUCGCGCUGAACAAUUUAAUAGCAUUGUGGCUAAAAUGGUAGGUGGGAAACGUGUAAAUUUUUCACUGAAGGAUUCCUACACUACCCGAUGCUAUGCCGCAGUUGUAUCUUUUAACACCGGUAUGCCACAAUAUACAUUUUAUAAAUCGAUUUGUAAUAUUAGUCCAGGAAAAUCAUUAAAAUUACUAGAAACCAGAAAACAUUUAAAAAAUACACGGGAAGUAAAAACUCGCGCAGGUACAGCUCGCAAAAAAAUUAAUUUUAACCCAGAUGCUCAUUACGGCAAGGACUGUGAAAGACCAGAUAUGGACAUCACGGACUAUGAGCGAGGCAAAGUAUUGUUUUUAAACAAUUUAAAGGAACAGGCCUCAAACCGCCAUGAGAUUGAGAGAGCUACGGUUCUGCAAGCAGAAAGCUCGUUAUGGUUAGAGCUUAGAAGGUGUAUACUUACUGCAUCAACCUUUGCUAAAAUUUGUAAAAGGCGACCGAACCAAAACUCAGCUCCCCUGGUAAAAUCAAUUUUAUAUCAAUACAACCUGGACCACAUUACCUCUAUUAAACAUGGUAGGGAUAAUGAACAAAAGGCUUUGGCUCAACUUGGUGUUCAAGAAAAUUUGAACAUAGAGAAAUGUGGUCUUUUUAUAGAUGAAGAGUAUUUUUAUUUAGGCGCGACGCCUGAUGGAUUCUGCAAUGAAGGCUUAGUGGAAGUGAAAUGUCCAAGCUCACUUUUUGGAAUCGAUCCUGACACCGCCUUGCUUGAUAAAAAACUAAAAUGUUUAAGAAAAACAAGCCAGUUUAGAAUUGAAAUGAAUAAAAACCAUGACUGGUACUACCAAGUUCAGGGACAGCUGCACAUAGCGAAAAAAAAUAUAUGUGUAUUUGCUGUAUGGACAGGUCCUGAAUUUCCGUUGAAGGUAGUUAGGGUAGAAAAGGACGAUGUUUUUUGGCAGGAACAAAUGUUACCAAAAUUGAUUCGGUUUUAUCAAGACUGCUUGUUGCCGGAAAUCAUCGAUCCUAGAAAGGCAAGAUCAAUGCCUUUACGGCAAAUAUUUAUUUAGUUUUUAAUCACACAUUCAUAGAGUUUGUUUCGAAUCUAUCCCAUUGUACAUCCACCCCGUGUUCUAUUUUACCCUUUU